AGCUGCUCCACAACUCAUCUUGUGAGCGCCAUCGACCUGCUCCAAUGUCCCCAGAUCAGAUCGCUAAUGGGCAAUGAAGAAAAGACCGGAAGCAACAUAACCCUACAUAAAAUAAUAUGUCUCUUCCUUUCCCAUCCGACAGAAGAGGCACACCGCCCACAGCUCCACCCCCUCGAAUAGACCCCAAUUCGACCACCUUCCUCUCCGUCUCAACCUCCUCGACGAGGCCACAGCCCAUCUCGACGUCCCGUGCUCUAGGGGAUCUCAAUCUCCCUACAGACCCCUGGCCAGCUGGCCCCUCCGACAACUGGACAUAUCCAGAUGCCGCGUCUGCUCCGGUAACCCUGCGCUCCGACGACAUCGAAAUGGACCCCAUCGCUCCAGCUGCCCAUCGCCGGCGCAGGAGUAGCCUGAAGAAUCCGGCCAACUCUGGAACCAACCAAUCUGGAUCCUCGCGGCCUACGGCGUCAUCGGUUAGGAACCAGUUGAGUGCCCACGAGGAGCCCAAGAUAUUGGAGGUAGACGACGAGACGGACGCUUCGAGGACGGAUGAAAGGGGUAACGACAGCUUGUCGGAUGAAGACCUGCACGACGACGAAGAGGCGGGCCUCACCGGGGAGGACAAACGUCGGAAACAGCGAAAGAAGAGACGGAAUACCCGUCUAGAUCAGAGGGUUGUCCGGGAGAGAAUCACAGCUCAGGAGAAGAAAGAGGCGGACCAAACCGUUGCCAGGAGGCUCUUGGUGAACGGAGUCCUUAUCGGCCUGUGGUAUUUCUUCUCUCUCCUCAUCUCACUGUACAACAAGUGGAUGUUCGAUAAGGACAAACUCAACUUUCCUUUCCCGCUGUUUACGACUGCCGUGCAUAUGAUCGUACAGUUUUCCCUUGCGUCUCUGACCCUCUACUUCAUACCCUCAUUCCGGCCAGAAAAUGCCCACAGAUCAGACCUUGGGCAAUCAAGACACGAGCCGGACAGGCCAAUCAUGUCCAAGAUGUUCUACUUCACCCGAAUUGCUCCCUGCGGAGUGGCGACUGGCCUUGACAUCGGUCUGGGCAACACGUCCCUGAAGUUCAUCACUCUCACAUUCUACACCAUGUGCAAGUCCUCAAGCCUAGCAUUCGUUCUCGUCUUUGCCUUCCUGUUCCGCCUCGAGUCCCCGACAUGGAGGCUCAUCGCCAUAAUCGCAACCAUGACCGCAGGCGUCGUCAUGAUGGUCGCUGGCGAAGUCGAAUUUAAAAUGGGCGGGUUCCUCCUGGUCAUCUCGGCCGCCUUUUUCUCUGGAUUCCGCUGGGCCCUGACGCAGAUCCUCCUCCUACGCAACCCCGCAACCUCCAAUCCAUUCUCCAGCAUAUUCUUCCUCGCCCCCGUGAUGUUCCUGUCUCUCAUCGUAAUUGCCAUCCCCGCCGAGGGCUUUCCGGCGCUACUGCAAGGCAUCGGCACGCUUGCCAACGAAUGGGGCCCCAUCCUCACCCCCAUGUUAAUCGUCUUCCCUGGCGCCAUCGCCUUCAUGAUGACGGCCGCCGAGUUCGCCCUGCUGCAACGGACGUCGGUCGUGACCCUGUCGAUCGCGGGCAUCUUCAAGGAAGCCGUCACCAUCUCGGCCGCCGCCAUCGUCUUCGGCGACACGCUGACCGUGGUCAACGUCUCCGGCCUGCUCGUCACCCUCGGGGCCAUCGCCGCGUACAACUGGCUCAAGAUCGCCAAGAUGCGCGAGGAGGCCCAGGCCGAGGCCCACCGCAGCCACAUGGCCGGCAACAAGGAGGUGGACUCCAACGGCUUCUCCUCGUCCAGCACCAGCGGCGGCGACGAGGACGCCGAUGACGGCGGCGAGGAUACGGGACUCCUCCGGCACAGCACCGAUGCGGAGGACAAUGCGUUCGCCGUGGACGGCGACACGAUUUCGUCGCCAGAACUGGUAUCCAACUUGAAUAAAAAGUCCGAACGGGAGGACUAGAAUCACCGGUCGAUCAAGCCCGGGCGGCUUUUGUGUCAGCGGCCCCCCGAAAUUAUUUUCUAAUCGAUAUGCAUAUGGUGCGAUAUUUAGACAUCGUCUCCCAUCCUGUACAAAAGAUAAUCCGUCUCGAACGACCAUUUAUAUUCAACGGACACAAAUCAGCAUAGGCUUCGGACACCGACCGUCAAGGACGAACAUCCUUAGGGGAAAUAGGUCGAUUGUGAUGGACAGUUGCAAAAUACCCAUGUAAUAAUAGUAGACAUUUGAAGGAAGAGGGGGAUAAACGCAAGGUGGUCAUGGGGAUGGCGUACAGUCGGGUACUUUUAGGGUAUGUGCAUUUCCAUCGAGAUACAUGAAAAUAAAUACGGGGUCAGAAGAACGAGGAAGCGUAGAAAUCCUACAAAUGGG